AUGGGCGUUCCCUUCGAAGCCCUUAUUCCCUAUGUCAUCAUGACGGCCAUGUUCGGAGUCACUGGUGCUGGCCUUUCCUCGAUUCGAUAUUACGCGAACGAUUACAAGCGGCCGAGGAGACAACUAGAUGGUUGGGAUAGACAGAUGAUGGAGAGAGAUUACCGAUUAACUGGAAAAGUAAGAGGACAGUCAGAUGCCGUGGAUGCGCCUCUAGGCUUCGAGGUCAACAGCAGAUGGAAGGUUGGUCAAUGCGCGAAACGACGACUUAUCUAG